AUGGAAAUCGAUCCCGUAACCAACGGAAACGCUGACGCCAUCAUGACGGAAUCCGCUCCUACGAUCACUCCGCCGACGACGACCCCCGUCCCGUCGUCGAGAUUGAGUCAAUUGACGGAAUCACUAAAGCUUGAGCACCAGCUUCUCCGUGUACCUUUUGAGCAUUACAAGAAGACGAUCCGUACCAAUCACCGUUUUUUCGAGAAGGAAGUUUCCUCUGUUGUGUCUGGUGUCGGAGAUUUGGCUGAUUCCGAUUGGUCUAGAGACGACACCGUUGCUCGUCUUUCCAGCCUUGUCUCUAGAUUGCAAGGCCUCAAAAGAAAGUUGGAAGAAGGGAGCAAUGUGGAGAAUUUGCAAGCCCAGAGAUGUCGUGCUCGCAUCGAUCAUUUGGAGUCAGCAGAUGUGGAAAAUCUUACUGAAUGGAACAAUACGAAACUGAAACGGAUUCUAGACCUUGUCGACAUUGACAUAUUUCGAGAAGCUAAGAAGGUGAUUGACGCCCUUAAAAAUAGGGAGGUUGCUUCUGCAUUGACAUGGUGUGCUGAUAAUAAAACGCGGUUGAAAAAGUCAAAGAGCAAAUUUGAGUUCCAACUAAGGCUGCAAGAAUUCAUCGAGUUGGUACGAGCUGAAAGCUACAACCAAGCGAUCCUUUAUGGUCGAAAGCAUGUGGCACCAUGGGGAGCAACCCAUAUGAAAGAAUUGCAGCAUGUUGUGGCCACUUUGGCUUUUAAAAGUACUACAGAAUGCACAAAAUAUAAGGGUUUGUUUGAACUACGGCAGUGGGAUGUUUUAGUUCAUCAGUUUAAACAAGAAUUUUGCAAGCUAUAUGGCAUGACAAUGGAGCCCUUAUUGAACAUUUACUUACAAGCAGGCUUGUCUGCACUGAAAACUCCAUAUGGUUUUGAAGAAGGUUGUACCAAGGAGGACCCGCUCUCACAAGAGAGCUUCCGGAAGCUAGCUUUGCCUUUACCGUACUCCAAGCAGCACCAUUCAAAGCUUGUUUGCUAUAUUUCCAAGGAGCUAAUGGACACAGAGAACCCACCACAGGUGUUACCCAAUGGCUACGUCUACAGCACCAAGGCUCUUAAGGAAAUGGCGGAAAAGAACGAAGGUAAAGUCACAUGUCCAAGGACAGGGCUUGUCUGCAAUUACACGGACUUAGUUAAGGCAUAUAUAUCAUGA